CUUCUUGACGAAAUUCAUAGACAAGAACGUGAAGAGCUAGAGAACAAGCUUGAAGCAAAAGACAAAAACAUUCAGAAAAGAAUACCACGUUCGGUACCAAAAGGAAAGGAAAAGAACUAUAAGUAUAUGAUUUAUACUGAAGAGAUGGAAAAUGAAGAAGACAGAGAUAUGGUUAUGUUGCAUUUAGUCAGAAGAAACAACAAAAGCUUUUACGACCUUGCUAAGAUUUACAAAUCUGACAGAAAUUGGUUCUAUCGCGAAAACUUACCGAUUUCAAUGACACCAAAUGAUGAUGUGAAACAAAUAGUUCAAGAUACGUUACCUCAAACACACUAUGAUAUUAAAGGUUGUACAAUACUUACCUUCAAAGAAGAUUUGCCGCUACUGAAAGAAAAAAUAACAGAGUAUUUUGACAACUUCAAACAAGCAGAGUAA